AUGCCCAGGAUCACAAUCGGCGGGAGAAGCGUUCCCCAGCUGGCGUUUGGCAUGGGAACUUCCUGGUCUAAACGCGGGGAUCCAGCAUUGAACCGAGCCCUUGUUGAUACCAUCAAAUCAGCCAUCGGUAUCGGGUUCACCCACCUAGACUGCGCCGAUGCCUACGGCACGGAGCAGGAGCUGGGCGUGGCAAUCAAGGAAGUCGAAGCAGAGAAAGGCAUCCCGCGCUCAGACCUUUUCGUAACGACCAAGUGCAUGAAAGGGACACACGACCUGCCCGCUGCUCUUGCGGCAAGCCUGAAAGCAUUGCAACUGGACUACGUGGACCUGUACCUGAUCCACACACCAUUCAACUUCAAGUCGGCAGACGAGAUCAGCGCCGCCUGGGUGCAGAUGGAACAGCUCCAGUCCCAGGGUCUGGCGCGCUCCAUCGGCGUCUCCAACUUUCGGCCGAAAGAACUCGAGGUGAUCCUGAAGACAUGCAAGACCGUCCCCGCCGUCAACCAGAUCGAACGGCAUCCAUACCUACAGCGUCCGUUGCUCACCGAGCUGAUGAACAAGCACGGGAUCGCCACCGUCGCCUAUGGGCCUCUGACAUCGCUGCGCAAGGCAACAGGUGGGCCCGUCGACGGGUACAUCGCAACCCUUGCCGCCAAAUACGGCGUCACUGAAGACAAUAUCCUUCUGCGAUGGCAGAUGGACAAGGGCAUCGCCCUCGUGACCACUUCCUCCAAGCCCAGCCGGCUGGAAGGGUACCUGCAGACGACCGAGUUCACGUUGGCCCCCGAGGAAUCGGCAGAGAUCGAUCGACUCGGCGCUCAGCAUCAUUUCCGCGCGUACCUCGUCGGGCCCGGCAAGUUUACCCCGGAAGAACAGGAUUGA